GCCAACUCGGAUACCCGCUUUGUUCAUCAUAUAACUAACAACACUCACAAUGAAAUCACUCUUAGACUGCGCCAAAUUUCAAACUCAUAUCAUUAAAUCCGGACUAACCCCAACAAUCAUUGACGUGAACCAUCUUAUCCACAUAUACUCAAAGCAUUCUCUUAUUAAAGAUGUCCAAAAACUGUUCGACGAAAUGCCUGAAAGAAACGUUUUCACUUGGAAUGCUAUUAUAAACACUUAUGUUAAAGAUAGAAACUUUGUUCAAGCAAGAAAACUUUUUAAUACUGCUCCCUUAAAGGAUUGUGUUACGUACAACACAAUGUUGUCUGGUUAUGUCAAUUGUGAAGGAUUUCAAGAUCAAGCAGUUAGAUUAUUCGCCGAAAUGCAAUUUGUUGACAAAGUAUCUGAAUAUGCCUUGACUACUAUGGUUGGUUUAGUAACAAAGUUGAGUCUUUUGUUGUAUGGUAGGCAAUUGCAUUCAUAUAUGUUGAAGAGUGGGAAUAGUAUAAGUAGGUAUGCACUGAGUUCUUUGAUUGUUAUGUAUUCGAAAUGCGGGUGUUUUAAAGAUUCAUGGAGUGUCUUUGAUGGAUCUGAUGUUGGGUUUGUUGACACGGUUUCCAAGAAUGCUAUGGUGGCAGCUUGUUUUAGAGAAGGUGAAUUGCAAAUGGCUCAGGGUGUGUUUUUGAGUAUGCCACAGUUGAAUGAUGAAGUUUCUUGGAACACAAUGAUUUCGGGUUUUGCCCAAAAUGGGUAUGAAGAGGAGGCCAUCGAGUUAUUUAGGAGCAUGGUGGCGGAGGGAUUUGUAUGGAACGAACACAGUUUUUCUAGCGUUAUAAGUGCUUGUUCUGGCGCGAAGAAUUUGAAACUUGGGAAGGAGAUUCAUGCUUUGAUAUUGAAGGAAGGGAUGAGUUUGAAUCCAUUUCUUAGCAGUAGUUUGGUUAAUCUUUAUUGCAAGUGUGGUCUCUUGAAUUAUGCACAUUCUGUUUGUACAACUACUCAGAAAGAGAACCCUUUUGCCGUUACACCAUUAAUUGUAGGAUAUUCUGGAAUGGGUAAUAUGUUAGAAGCAAGAAGGCUUUUUGACUCAUUGCCUGAUAAGAAUCAUGUUGUAUGGACUGCUAUGAUAUCCGGAUACGUGAAAGCGCAUCAAUGUGAAGAUGCUUUUCAGCUUUUCAGAGAAUUAAUUACACAGGAAACAACUGUUCCUGAUGAGCUGAUCUUUAUAAACCUGCUUGGUGCAUGCGCCAUACAUGCAACCUUUAAUUACGGAAAGCAAAUACACUCCUAUAUACUGAGAACUGGCACUGCAAUGGAUACCAAGUUGGCAAAUUCAGUGGUUGAUAUGUACUCAAAAAGUGGAAAUGUAACAUAUGCACAGAGGGUUUUUCAAUUGACUGUUGAUGGAGAUUCAAUCCUUUACAAUAGUAUGAUAGCUGGUUAUGGUCUCCAUGGGUAUGAAAAUGAAGCUAUUCAGCUUUUCAGUCAGAUGACAGAUCGAGGUUUCCAACCUGAUGAAGUCACAUUCCUUGCCCUUCUAUCAGUUUGCCGGCACCGUGGAUUAGUAAAAAUGGGAGAAAAGUAUUUCUUUUCCAUGUCCAAAGAUUACAAAAUAUCACCUGGAACUGACCACUAUGCAAGUAUGAUAGAUUUGUAUGGAAGGGCAAAUCAACUUGACAAGGCAGUAAGAUUAAUGGAAAGUUUGCCUGUCGAACCAGAUGCUGUAAUUCUGGGUGCAUUUCUAAAUGCUUGCAAAAUGAACAGAAAUGCUGAACUUGCAAAAACUGCAGAGGAUAAGCUCUUGCUAAUUGAAGGAGGGAACGGAUCUAGAUACGCGCAGUUGGCUGGCAUCUAUGCCUCGGAAGGGAAAUGGAAUGAGAUGGGAAGGGUAAUGAAAAUGAUGAAAGGAAGAGAAGCCAAGAAAACUGCUGGUUGCAGUUGGCUAUAUGUAGGAGACACAGUUCAUGCCUUUAUCUCUGGUGACAGAUCUCACUCAGACAAUGAUGCCAUAUAUACUAUUUUAGGAUGUUUGAUCAAAGAAUUAACUAAACUGUCAGCCACUAUAUUGUUAGAAGAAGAGAUGUGCACAUUCCGUUGAUUAAUGUCGAUUCAGAUAAUUGACUUACUUCCUUUUCUAUUUAUGUGCCUUUGGCUGGAGGGUGGAGCUCUAAUCGAUCAUGUCCAUCCUAUUCCCUUGAGUUUUUUGGUUAUACAAAUGGAGAUGAGUUCACAGAUAUUGUUAGGCGUACAAGUUUGAGUAAACAAAUUUCGGCAAGCUUUACAAAGUCAUAGAUUUUCUGAUGUUAUUCCGGUUCUCAGUUGCAGCUAAGUGUAAACCAACCAUGUAGCGCUCGACUAAAGAUAAAAGGGGUAAAUAAAAAUACCAGAUAGAACUUUGUCUGCUGUGAGUUGUCUGCUGCCUAUCGCUACCGAAUUUUAUACAUGCAUGUUCUAAUUUAUGGCCUCUUUGCAAGGUCCUGAGGUUAAGGAGAAAUUAUGGAUCACAAAUGUUCAGGAUGAUCUUUUCGUGUUGUCGUCUCAGAGGAAAGAUAUGGUUGAGUACUUCAGAGAGCAGCUUUUUGAUUUUGCCUUCAUUGCUAAUGGAUGGCUUCAAUGUUACGGAUCUCAAUGUGUAAAGCGACCUAUCAUCUAUGGGUAUGUGAGCCAUCUGAAGCCAGCUACUGUCUUAUGGUCCUCAGCAGCUCAAACCAUAAACCAUAGGCCAAUAAAGGGAGUGCUUACAGGCCCUGUCACCGGUCUCAACUGGUCUUUUGUUAGAAUGAGCAGCCAAGAUUGCUUUGGCCAUUAGGGAUGAAAUAGAGGAUUUGGAAAAGGCAAGAAUCGAUGCGAUCCCAAUUGAUGAUAUUUCUUUGAGAGAGGCUUGCCUUGAGGAAGUAUGAACAUGAUUCGACUUGAAGUGGGUUGUCCGCUGCUUCAGAACACUACACAGCUCCCCUUUUCUCAUCUUGUUGGAACUUCUUUUAACUGUACAUGCUUGUAGUGAGUUUAUCUUUUGUGACUGGCAAAUCCACACUCUUAUGGGCUACUCAAACUUCAAUAAUUUUAUCCACUCAAUCACCAUAGAUGUUGAUCUGAUCACUAUUGAGAGCUAUGGACUGAUGGGAAGCUCCUCUCAGUUUUCAGGAAGGGAGUGAAGUAUGGAGCUGGUGUUGGCCCAGGGUCUAUGACAUCCACCCUCCAGGAAUACUGUCCAUGUAAACGAUGCAUAUGGAACUAGCAAGAUGCUUGC